UGUAAAUUGGAGUAACCAAAUUUAAAUUAAAAUAAAAAAACACACAAAAUGUCGGAUUUACCAACAGGUUGGGAAAAAAGAACGAGCCGAUCCUCAGGUAUAAUUUUAAAAUCUUUACAUUGAGUUUAUUUAUAUUAUUUAAGAACAUCAGUGUGGUCAGAUAAAUCGUUUAACUUAAAUUUUAAAAACUCGGAGACUGAGCCUAUUAACUUUUAAACGAAGUCUAAGUCUAAGCGACGCCGAGCCGAGGACCAAUCAAUGAGUAAUUGAGUUGAAUUGACUGAAUGAGUAUGAGUCCUGUGGAGCCCUUAUUUUCUUAUUUCAGAAAUUUGAAAGUAAUGAAAACCUACGUAGUUAGUUUUCAGUUUUAUCUUAACGGCUUUCAAUGACAUUUAUCACCAGUUUCAGGCUUUGGAGUUUUGCCUUCAGCAACUUCACUAGACUUCAGAUCUCAUUAACAUUUAUUUAUAUUUUUAUAACUUCUGACAUUUCAUUGCCGUCACAUGUAAUCAGUAAUCAGUUUUAACACUAAUUUACAUCAAUAUUAAUAAUUUAUUAAGGGAUUAUACUAUUUACACUUAUGUAGCUUACACUACAGUUUAUAGAUACUGUAGUUCUGGAUGCUCCAGGGGAAGCCAAGCCUAGUAAUGGGUCAUGGCUUCACUGGCCAUUUUGAUGCCGAGUCAACUCUUAGUUUAGCGGGCCGCAUGCCAUUACAUGUCAUAUCAUCUGUUCAGAUAAUCUUGACUGGAAAACUUUUCUGUGCAUAUUAAAAAAGUCAUUAAAGAUGCUAAAUCAUAAAUCAUAGUAUUAGUAUUAAUUAAUAGAUGUGCUUCGACAAGGGUUGUCCAAGUCAGAAGUCUAAGAUUAAUUAGAGUCAUGUCCCCAUUUUAGGGAAUCCCUGAUCACCAUGGUGAAUGAUAAUAAGGCUGAGAGCACAUUUCGCUGUGUCAAACUCUGACCUAAUUAUUAAUUUAACAUUUUGCUGUGUCAAACACUGGCCUAAUAUUAAAUUAAACAUUUUGCCAUGCCAUACACUGGCCUAAUUAUUAAUUUAAUGUUUCGCUGUGUUAAACACUGGCCUAGUUGUUAAAUAAACAUUUCACUGUGUCAAAUACUGGCCUAAAUAUUAAUUUGAACAGUGAGCAGGUCCCUAUAAUCAUGAAUUUUAAAAAAAAUAUUAAUAAAUUAGUUCAGUAAUAAUAACUCUGUUUAUUUAGUAAUGCACAAAGUUGUAAAACCAAUUGUUUGGUGGGCCUCAAGAAAAUCUUGGUAUGACACUGUUUCUUUCACAUGACUGUCAAUUCUAAAAUUUCAGUGCUUUGUUGUUGUUUUUUUUGAAUUACAUAAAUUUCUACUAUUCUUAUAAAAUUGAAAUAUACAGUUUACCUUUGUUUUUUAAUGGUCUGUAAACCUUUUAUUUCUAUUUUUAAUGAAGGCAAAGAUUACUACAUGAAUAUCUACACCAAGGAAAGCCAAUGGGAUGAACCCACGGAGCCAGCACAACAGAAAUCUGACAAAGUAACAUGUUCACACCUCUUGGUCAAACACAAAGACUCCAGGAGGCCUCAGAACUGGAAGGGGGAAGUUAUUACAAGAUCUAAAGAGGAGGCUCUCGAAUUACUACAGAGUAAGCAUGGCCAUGAAAAUAUUUGAAUUCCAUUCAAACCAAACCCUUUUUACAAAUAAUAAUACAACUGUAUAAAAUAGGCAAAGUUUUAUUGUAAAGGACCCAAUACUAAAUAUUUUAGUUGCCGUGUGGCAAGAGGCAUACUCACUUUUCUUGCUUCUUAUUUUUUUGGUGAGUUGGUGUGUUUUAAUCUUUUCCUGGCCAUUUUGAUUUGUUAAGGUGGUUUAGAUCUGGGUAUGUAAGUGGAGAUGGAGCUGAAUUAUUACUGCCUGGCAUCACAGCAGAGACCAUCAAGAAUCAUGGGAAUGUAGAGCUAAAAGAAUGCAACAUACAAAUCCAUUAUAACUCCUCUGAUUGGCUGAACUUGUUCUCACCCUCAAUUCUUUGAGUUUAACAAACAAUUCUUUGACUAAAACAGUGGUGUUGCUAUGGGUACUAAAAGGGGACCCAGCUAUGCAUGUUUGUUCAUUAAGCAUUUGGAACACAUGGUGGAGAGAAAGUACACUUGAUGCAUCUCUGAAUUGUACAAAUGGUAUAUUGAUGAUGCUACUGGGGUUAGCACUUUGGAGAGGAGUGAACUUGACCUAGUUAAUCAACGUUGUACACUCUGUUCACCCCUACAAUAAAUUCAUAUCUCUGGUCUCUGAAAUCUUGGUUAACUUUUUGGACAUUACAGUCACCCUUCACAAAAACAGCCUACUCACCUCUCCCUUCUUUAAACCUACUGACAGCCACAGCUAUCUAUUCUAAUCUUCCUCCCACCAUAAAUCCUAUAAGGACUCUAUUCGAUUUUCUCAACUACGAUAACGUAGUUUGACUUUGGCAGUCUGAUAUGUGAUGUUGUUUGCAGAUCCCUGUUUUAAAGUAUGUUUAUUCAUAUAAGCUUCUAAAUUUAAUUUUUAUCUUUUGUGAAAAUUGGCACAUAUUUCUUUUCAGGUUACAGAAACAAAAUUGUCAAUGAUGAUGCAAGCUUUGCAGAAUUGGCAGAGAAAUACUCAGACUGUAGUUCUGCCAGAAAAGGGGGAGAUUUGGGGCCUUUUGGACCAGGGCAAAUGCAGCGGCCUUUUGAAGAAGCGUCAUUUAAACUUCAGGUAAAUUUAUUAAGCAACGAUAUGCCAAAAAUAAACUUUAAAUAAUUUUUUUGGUUCAAAUAGACCUGAAGCAUUAUUUUAUAGUCAUAACCUUUAUUGAGAAAAUACAGUUGUAGAUAAGGCCACAAAGUCAUUUAACCAUUUAAACCCUUUGCCUAUGCAAUGAGGAUAGUGCAGUGCGUCAGCUGGUUCAGAAAUCAGUACAUUUCACAGGAAAAAAAAUGAUUUUAAGGUUUGUUUAAGUUAAACCAUUUAUUUGAAGUUAUACUUUUUAUCCCCAAGUCCCAUGUUAAAAAUAAUUCUUAUUAAAAAAAUUAUUGUAUCUGCCUACUACACAAUUUUGCUUUGUUUUGUGGUAUAAAUGUCUUGUAUCCUCUGUCUGAACAGGUCGGUGAGCUCAGCGAGCCAAUAUCAACAGAUUCUGGGGUGCAUAUUAUAUUAAGGACAGCUUAAAUUCAAAAUCUGAAAGAUAUUUAAAAAAAAAAAAACUUCAAAAAAAAAUGUUGAGAGAUAUUACUGAAAAAAUGGGUGAAUGUACAGCAGUACUUUUUAAAUCAUUAUGUCUUUGUCACUUCAUUUAUAUUUCAUUUCAUAUUGUCUCGCUUUCAUUGUUGAGAUAUCAAUAAUUAUGUAGUAUGUUUGUUGUCAUUUAUUAUUUUUUUCAAAAUAAAAUAAAACAGAUAACGUACAAAAUAGUUAAAAUUAUCUUUAGACAUCAAGAAACCUUUUCUGGCAAUUAUCUGAAAUAAUGACAAACAUCGGGAGGUGGAGAAAUGUGCUAUUUUAAUUAUUUUUUUUUCCCACGGCUUUGGUGCUCUGUGUUGUAAAUGUUAUGUAAACUUUGCUAUUUUUCCUCCUCUGUUGUAUUAUUUCUCAUUUAAUUUGUUUUAUACAUUAUUAUCACACCAAAGUUUAUGUGCGAGAGAGUGAACGGCUCAGUUUGCUGACAGCACUUGAAAACAAAAAGGAGCCUUGCUUUACAUUCUGAUUGUCUUUAAAAAUUUAGAUAUCUCAGAAUUGUAUGCACAAUAUUUUUUUUCAUAGAUAUCUAUUUGAAAAAAAAUUUGUUGAUAUACUUUAAAACAAAAGCAUGACAACUAUCAAAAGAGAAUAAAAUUGAUAAUAAAUCAAAUGAUUUUCUAUGAUUUUUUAAUUUUAAAUUAUGUUACGAAUAGCACAUGUGGAUGUUAUUCUUGUUAGGACCUCCUUAGAGAUUACUCCUCCAUUUGUUCUUGGAGGUAGGGAUAGAGCCUGUUUUGUGAAUCGCCAGUCUAAGGUCCUCUUGCCCACAAUUAAUACUUAUACUUAUCUGAAAAGAUAAUCCUAUUACAAAAACAAGACAGAGAUAAGCUUGUUUCACUUUCCUGGAACUUAGCUUCUUAAACUGCUUAAUUUUGUUCCUCUGUCUUUAGAGCAUGGCCUUCGUAAAUUGAACUAAUUGAUCUGAUUGACAUGUGUUAAGAACUUUCACUCGGAGCUCAUUUAAACUCUGAACAAAAACACAAACAAUAUGUGUUAUGUUAAAAAUUUAACAAAUUAUAAAGCAUAGUGAUAAUUCAUGAAAUAAUUCACCUCAUAGUCAUUGUGUUUGCCCUUUUAUGUUGAAAAUAUAUUUCAAACAUUUUUUUAAUAAAGCAAUAAAAAAAAACUGCCCCUUUUUUGAGUAACCAUGAGUUAUAGUGUGCUCGUUUGUAAUUAUGGAUGUUCAUGUUGUCAUUUUUAUUUUGAUGUGUUUGAUGUACGGUUCAUCAUGCAUUUUUAAAGUAGCAUCUUGAGUUUCAAUUAAUAUUUUGGUUGGUUACUUUUAUGACAUUUAUUUAUUUUUAUCAAAUUAAUUAUGUUAUGGUAAUAAAUAUACCUUGGCAGGCAGCCUUAACAAGAAUUAAAUGUAAGAAAACUCUUUGCAUCAUCUUUUUCCCUCUUCAAUAGCAAAGUCUAAUGUAGAAACAUUUUCAGUUUAUUUUUGUCCUGCUUAAACUUGAAAUUUAAAAAAAAAAAAAUUGGUUUAAAUUUAAUAAUUUUAUAAUUAAUAGUUAAAGAUUUAAACACAUCUCCAGGUUGAUUAUUGAUAUCAAAUAUGUUAAGGAUUGAGGUCAUGGUGUGAAAUUUAAAUACCGGUAUAAGAUUUAAAUGCUUGUUCUUGGUUUAUUUUGCAUCAAAAUCAUCUAAACUCUAAGAUUUGCUUCAAACUGUUGAAAAUUUGUAACAAAAUAUUUUAAUUGUAAUAUCAAAAUUAAAAUGUUUUUAUUUUGUCCUUUUUUAAAAAUUGUUUUAAAUAUUUAAUUAUUAUCCAUUCAAUCAAUUAUAUCAAAAAACUCUAUUUAAAAAAAAGAAUUUACAUAAUAUAAGCAAUAGUCAUGCAUAUAAUUUCCUUCAACUUUUAUUUUAAAUAUUUUAUCAAUGAAUAUUGUCUUGUUAAUGAGAUGUUCAGACAAAAGCAUUUACAUUGUUUCUAAACUACUGAGUACUUGGUCUGUGUUCGAAAAGGUAACCCUAAUUUAUUGCUGAAGUGCAUAGUGAGUACUCUGCAUUGGCCUUUAAAAUGUGUAAAGAAAUAUCAAAUUAAUAAUCUUUUAAAGUUGUAUAAUUCAGUUGGUACCGCUACUUGAUUAAACAAAAACUCUUGUCAGUUUAAUAAUUAUUUUGAUCACUCAUUGUCAUUUGAUGGACUCGGACUCAACCAGCUACAGGCAUUUAUCAACUCUGUAGCUUGGUUUUCAUUAAUUUGUUUGAAUAUCCUUUAAUACAAAUAUUUUCUUAAAAUCAUGAUUUCCAUUUAUGACAAAUAAAAGAUUAAACUUUCAACAUACAAUAAGCUUGUUGUAACUCUUAUAUAUGAAAGUAUAUUUAUCUUCUGGCACUCGCCUAUGAACCUAAGUAAAACCUUUUUUAAAGCUUUUAAUUAUUCAAAUGAUUCAACGAUCAAAUUGUAGCUACUACAACAGCUUAAAUUUGUAACCAUAAGAUCAUGCCCACCUAUAUAAAAUCUUGAGAUUGUUAAGAAAUGUUCAUCAUCAUCAUUCAGAUCCAGUGGCCAUUUGGGCCUAAAGAAAUUUUGAAAUCAUAUUUUUUUUAAUGUUUUUUUUAAUAUCUUUAAAACCAUGGUUUGCUUAUUUGGCAAUGGACAAUUUUGUAUUUCAACAAGUUCAAAAGAUGAUACAACUCGACAGUAGGAAGUAAAACUGUUUAAUGAAUUAAAAACUGAUACUGUUGUAGUAUAGUUAAAAUUCAAGCCAAAAAUACUAAGGUUCAUAGUGUCAUGAACUUAUCACCCUUGACGGGUCCAUCAGUGAUCAACUCAAUAUUUAAAAUCUUCACUAAACUAUAACCAUGUUGAUUGUGGACAUUUUCACAACUUUGUCUUUUCUUAAUGUUUUUUUUUGUUGUAAAAGAGUUAUUUUACAAGUAUGUGUUUAAUAAAAAAUCAAUAGAAAAAAAAUGUAUGUGGUUUAUUUUUAUAUCUGAAAUGUUCAAAGUUUAUGAUAAUCUUAAGAACACUUGAUGCUAAUAUUAAGUACCAGUAGCAUUUCUGGACAUUUAAAAUACUGCAUGGAAAAAGGUUUUAAUUACCUUUAAGACAAAUUUAAAGGACAUGAUGAAAUAUAUUUAAAAACUUGUGUGCAUAAUAAUACCUGUAUUUCAAGUUAAGUUGAGGGAAAUGUCAUUUUGCAACAAAUAAGAUCAAACAUUUUCUUACUGCAAGAUACUAUAACCUUUUGCAAAUGAACAUUGUUUUCAAAUUAAGAAGAUCUUACUAGCUCUGAUAUUUACUAACAAAAGAAAUUAAAGAGGAAAAAUUGGCUAGAUUGGGGAUCAACAUUGGGGGACAACCAGCACAAUGCCCUAAAUAACCUUCAUAGUAAUCAUAGUGCCCUAACCAAUAUAUCAAACAAGCUUUAACAAAUUCUUGUCUAAAAAAAACAUUUCUCAUUUUAAAAUUAUUGCACUUGAUGAUCUGUGUGAUCAUAUAUAAAAGUUUUA